CGACCAAUCAGCUCUCGGUUACGGGAUCCUGUGGACCAAUCAGAACGCGCUGUUCGAGUAAUAGACAAGGGGGUCUCUGCAAACUCAGAAAUGUCUCAGUAGUUUGAGAACUCGCGCUCAUCCUAAACGCCUGUUAAUAACAAUAACGCUGCGAUUAUAAUUCUCGUCACAUAAUGAAAACAACGGCCAAGGACUACAAAAGAGAAGAGACUACAUCUGAUUAAUUACAUUUCAUUUCGUCCUCGAGUACUUACUUUUAAUGCUUUUCCUGGAGGGAUACAAAAAGAUCAUCGGAGCUUAUGCUUUUUGUUUUCAUUGUGGAAUAUUUACAUGCAUUUUUAAGCCUGUUGAAGUGCACGUUUAGUCACCGCGCUGCCCUGCAGCAAUGAGCGGCUUGGCAGGGACCGUUCCCAGGAUGAUGCGUCCAUCUCUCUCUCAGAACUAUCCCCGCAGUGGCUUCCCAAUGGAGGUUUCAACUCCGAUGGGUCAGGGUCGAGUCAACCAGCUUGGAGGAGUUUUCAUCAACGGCCGGCCUCUACCGAACCACAUUCGGCAUAAGAUAGUGGAGAUGGCGCAUCACGGGAUCCGGCCCUGCGUGAUAUCCCGCCAGCUCAGAGUCUCUCACGGCUGCGUCUCCAAAAUCCUGUGCCGCUAUCAGGAGACUGGAUCCAUCCGGCCUGGAGCCAUCGGCGGCACUAAAUCCAAGGUGAGGCCCUGUAGGGAGGCACUGAAGUGCGGAGUCAUCUGCUGCAGCUGGGCGUGCGGAUAUUUUCAAGGAAAUUUGUGGAUAAACUCAAAGCAACAGACUUCAUCUCUAGAUGUGGAGAAGCGCGUUGAGGAAUAUAAACGGGGAAACCCCGGAAUAUUCAGUUGGGAAAUUCGGGAUAAAUUGCUCAAAGAGGGAAUUUGUGACCGGAACAACGUGCCCUCAGUGAGUGCAAUAAGCCGCAUCAUGAGAGGCCGAUAUGGCGCAAGAGGUGAUGAGGAGGAGGAGGAGGAGGAGGAUGAAGAGGACACGGAGAAGCGCGAGCAGGAAGAACUCGCCCGCAGGAGCGGACACAGCAUCGAGGGGAUUCUCGCAGACAGAUCGAGUCCAUCUGAUGAAGGUUCAGAUGUGGAAUCGGAGCCCGAUCUGCCGCUGAAACGGAAACAGCGUCGCAGUAGGACGACAUUCACAGCCGAACAGCUGGAGGAGCUGGAGAGAGCUUUCGAACGCACACAUUACCCUGAUAUCUACACCAGAGAAGAGCUCGCCCAGAGAGCCAAACUCACGGAGGCACGAGUGCAGGUGUGGUUCAGUAACAGACGAGCUCGAUGGAGGAAGCAAGCGGGAGCCAAUCAGCUCAUGGCGUUCAAUCACCUGAUCCCUGGUGGUUUUUCACAUCCGGCGGUGUGCAGUCUCUCUCCGUAUCAGCUGUCAGAGAGCCCGUACCCACCCGCUGGUCUUUCUCAAGAUUCGAGUGCUGUACACAGACCUCAGCCGCUCCCGCCGCCCGCGGGCCAUCAGAGUGCUGGAGGGGCGGGGCCGGAGGGCGGGGCUUCCUACUGUCUCUCCAGUCGCCAUGGCUACGCAGGAUAUUCAGAUACAUUUGGACCUCAUAACAGUCACGCCAACUCUGCCAUCAACAAUGGACUGUCUUCUCAGGUUAUGGGACUCUUAAGCCCAGCUGGAGUUUCUCAUCAGACUCCGGCUGAGUUUUCUCUGUCGUCUCUCAGCGGUGCUCUGGAUUCGGGUGGAUCGGUCAGCAGCAGCUGCUCUCAGCGCGUGGAGCCCUUGUCCAGUAUACCUGCCCUCUCCAACCUGCCCAGCCCACAGCCCUACGGCCCGGCCUCCUUCUACAGCAUGGAGCACAGCGCCCCCUACCAGUACAGCCAGUACGGACAAAGUAAGAUUCCUUUCAUUAUCUGAGGCCUGAAAUCGCCUGAGCGGGUCGUGCGGCUCAACUGUCCCGAAGGGUGGACGGCAUAAAGUCCCAAAGUCCUGGAAUGAAGGUUUUCUGCAGAAGAGAAAUGCAGACGGAGAUACAAAACUCUUGGCAAUAAAAAUACAUCUUCUGUACCACUGGAUGGCACAGCCGGCAGAUCAAAAGAUCUCAAACAUUCCCUUGAACUCUUCUUCAAAAGCCCUUCCAGCAGAAUUAUCCACAAUCCCAGAAAACACAACAAGACAAGCUGAAUCAAAACAAAAAGGAGACGUUUUUCACUGAGAAACAUGUUGAAGUGCAAUAUGAGAAAUGGCCAUAUUCAUACGAGACAUUUGCAGCCACUCAUGAGGCCAGACGAAAGCGCAGGGCUGGAUACGUGUUGUAAAUAAAAGACAAAUGUUUUAUAGCAGACAAUGAACUUUUUCUCAUGCAUUCCUUGACAUUUGAAUGAUGUUUUUUUGUUUUUUUCACAUGAGGGACGACUGGAAAAUUAUACAGCAUUCUGGAACUUGGGAGUUCAAAAUCAUACUUGUUUGAUAUAAUUCCUGUAGUGUUAAAAGGUGCACUGUGAAAAUGACUUUUUAUUUUUAGCAAGUAUAUUUUACUGAUUUGAUAUGAUCUGAUAUGCUUAAAACUGCAAUAUAAAUUUGGUCGUCCCCAAUAAUACUUAAAACCUUUCUUAUGUUGUUUAUCUUCUUGCCAAGAGAUGGUAAAAUACUAAAUGCUCCCAAAAAUACUGCUAAUACAGCCACAACAACUGAAUGUUUUUUUUAUUUUUAUUUAUUUUGUAUGUGUGUGAGUGUGUAUCUGUAUCCUCCAGAUAUUUUGCAUAAUUAAAUCAUUCAUUGU